CCAAAACAACAACAAAAAAAAAAGAAGAAAGAGAGAAAAAGAGGCGGAAAAUUUACCACAAAUUCCGCUCCUAUUUUCCUCCCUUUCCUUCGAGAGACACAAGGAGAGUCUAGAAACCAUCCUCCUCACCAUGGCCCUCAUCUAAAUCCCUUAUUUCUCCCUGAAAACCCCUGAAAUAGGUCGAAAAAAGGGUGAAAUAAGCGCCAUGGCCGCCUCCAUGAGCCUCUCGUCUAAGCUCAAGAAAAAAGCCGUUCGCGUCAAACACCAAAAAGUCAAGUUAUUUCGGGCCAACGAGCCUUUUCUUUCGGUCUUCAUGUGGGGCGUCAACCACACGAGCAAUGAAUUGAGCCACAUCAAUGUGCCCGUCAUGCUUAUGCCGGACGACUUCAAGGCCCAUUCCAAAGUGCGGGUCGACAACCACCUCUUCAACAAAGAGAACCUGCCGUCGCACUUCAAGGUCAAAGAAUACUGCCCCAUCGUGUUCCGUAACCUCAGGGAGAGGUUUGGCAUCGACGACGCCGAUUAUAGGGAGUCGCUUACCAGGGCCAGACUAGUCGAAGUCGCGCCGUAUGGCGUUGUUGCGACACACAGAUCCCAACCAGUGGCCAUCGACUCCCCCGGGCGUAGCGGAGCGCGUUUCUACUGCUCCAGCGACAAGAUGUACAUCCUCAAGACGCUGACGAGCGACGAGGUGGAGCAGAUGCACGCUUUGCUCAAGGAGUAUCAUCCGUACGUCGUCAAUCGCCACGGCAAGACGCUCCUGCCCCAGUACCUGGCUAUGUACCGGCUGACAGUGGAGAGCGUCGAGACGUAUUGCGUCGUCAUGAGGAAUAUAUUUUCGACGUUUUUGCAGAUCCACAAGAAGUACGACCUCAAGGGCUCGACGGUCGACCGGGAGGCGUCGCCCAAGGAGCUGGAGAAGAACCUGCCGACCCUCAAGGAUAACGACUUCAUGAAAGACGGGACGAAGAUCCACAUCGGGGAGGAGGCCAAGACGCAGCUCAUGGACACGCUCACGGCCGAUGUGGAGUUCCUGAUGCGGUUGAACCUGAUGGACUAUUCGCUGCUCCUCGGGAUCCACGACAUGUCCCGGGCCGAGGAGGAGGGCGAGCUGCCCAACGAGUCCGAGGACGACGUCAUUGAGGAAGAGGAAGACGAGUGCAGCGGAGUCCCAACGCCUCCCGACUCCCCCUUGACGGCUGCGAGAGAGAGGACAUGCAGCAACGGCGCCAUCAAUCCGGACGUCGAAAUUUACGCCAUAGAGAGCAAUGACAAUUUCGAGAUUUACGCGUUUGAGAGCAAUGAUAACGCCCCCCAGAAGGAGAUCUACUUCAUGGCCCUCAUCGACGUCCUCACCCACUACGGCGUCAAGAAGCAGGCUGCCAAAGCCGCCAAGACGGUGAAGUACGGCUCGAGCGCGGACGGCAUUUCCACGGUCGAGCCGGAGCAGUACGGACGCCGGUUCCUGGAGUUCAUGAACCAGGCGAUCGUCUAGCUGGCGAUGCGGUUCUCUCUGGCGUUCUCUGGUGUUCUCUGGUUCUUCUCUUUGUU